AUGUCAACUUCACUCCAGCCAGAAACAGGUAGAGGGGAGUCAGUCUUCCUUCCCAGGCUCAUCCUCGGUACGCUCCUCUUCGUAUCCGUAUUCCUCCCCUCCCUUCUCCAGCCAGCCUUGACCCGCUUGUACUCCUACCUCUACCACUCCUCAUUCUACCGCUUCUCCGCUUUCGAGACUAUCGAAACAAUCCUCUGUUACGCCGUUAUCGAGAUCCUCUUCACCUACAAAUUCGGGCGGAACCCACACCUCCGCAUCGACGUCCAAGGUUCUCGCCAAAGGAGUACUAGUAACACUGCUACUUCGAUCGACGAAAAUGGCAACACAGUCACACCGAAACCCAAACUCCCCAAGAUGCGACGACCGUCGAAACGCUGGGGAGAAAUCUUCAUCUACGCCGCACCCCUCCUGCUGAUGGACUUCACCAUGAUCAAAAAGUUCGCUGGCGUGCCGAUCUGUGAUAUUCGUGCGUCAGGAAACUAUCACCGUCAUAUCCCCUCAUACCAUCUCGUCGAUCACAACUCAACCACCGCCACCGGCAGUGGCACGGCCGUUUUAUCACUCAGAGAUCCUCGGGUCUACCUACCGGCAGACUUGCAAGAAAGCAGACUACUCUACCGAUCUGCUCCUACCUGCCAUCCUUCCUCCGCUAGAGCUUCUCCAGCCGGUCGGCAGAACUUGGAGAAGGAUGGCUACCUUCCGGACCCUUCCAGAAUUGGAUGGCAAAGUACCGCAUCGAGAGAACAAUUACAGAGUUUUGUCGACCAGAGUUUCAUCUCAAGACUGCCAAGAGCUGGGAGGAGAGAAUGA